AUGGCCCGGGGCGGCGGCGGGGCGGCCGCCGGCGGGGAGCUGGGAGAUGACGGCUUGUCUGUGAUAACCUGUGAAUCAGAUGCAGAAAUGAAGUUAAAGAAGAAAAUUUUUCACAAGCCUCCAAAAUCACCAAAGUCUCCAUACAGCUCUAGCACACAACUGUAUCCUAAAAAAGCUGCAGCUUGGAAGUCUCUGCAGGGAGCAGGCAGCCCGUAUCUUGAAAGUGCAGAUUUAACAAACCCAAGGCAGAUGUGGCCGGGAACACUGAAACAAGGAACAAACCAUUCUCUCAAAUCUGAUGUUGACAUAGGGCAUUUGCGAACUAACUUUUCCAGUAGCACGCCAGAAUAUUUGAAGGAAGCUCUAGGAAUGAAGAAGCCAAAACAUUCCCGUUCUUCUAGUAAUGGCUACAUUCCUGGAACUCCUGACUACAAGGAAAAAGAAGAUAUGUAUGAUGAAAUUAUAGAACUGAAAAAGAUGAUACAAGCUCAGAAAAAUGAGGGAGAUCGAAUGAAGACGAAACUCCGUCGACUGGAAGAAGAGAAUAACAGAAAGGAUAAACAGAUUGAACAGCUGUUGGAUACUUCCAAGGGCUCUGAGCUGGCACGAGUUUUGUCAGAGAAGAAGGUUGAUAAUGGAUUGGUGGUUAGUACCUUAAAGCAGAAGAUUCUUAAGCUGGAGCAGCAGUGCAAGGAAAAAGACAACACUAUCAACCAUUUCCAGUCAGAUGUAAAGACCACUAAUUUGGAAGAAAUGAGGAUAGCUAUGGAAACCUACUAUGAAGAGGUUCAUCGUCUCCAAGUCCUCCUGGCGAAAUCUGAGCAAAUGAGGAAAAAUUCAGAGGGCAGAGAUACCCAAAAACGACUAAAAGCCCUGAAUGCUGCUGUCCUGAGAUUAUCCAGGAACAUCAAGGAAUUGCAGGUUGAGAAUCGGAGUCUGAAAGAUGAUCUUGACCAAGUACUGAGCAAUUAUCCUGCUUCUAAUAAAACAAAAAAUUAUGGUGAGUGGAGCAAACAGAGGCUGAUGAGAAGAAUUUCAGAACUGGAAAAAAAAGUAGAUGCCAUGGAGAACACGAGGUUAUCAUCAGCAGAUAGUGAGACAUUACAGUUACUUGCUGUGUCAUCUUCACCUUCUGUAGACCUUGGUCAUUCACCUCCUCAACAACUGGACCAUGAGGACGAAUGUCAACAUCUUCGAGGACUAGUGAAGAAGCUUAACAGUGAUAGAAGAGCACUUCAAAAUCUCCUACUCAGUAAAGAAUCAGAGAUCAAGCAGUUACUGCAGGCUAAGGCUGAAGCAGCUCUGGAGCUACAGAAGUUGCAGAAUGAGAAGAAAGAAAAGAAUAAAGAAGAGCAGACACUAAGACAGGAAAUCCAGAAUCCUACACACCAAGUGGGGCAAUCGGAGCCAAAAUUGGAGGAAGAUGAAACACAAGAGGCAGAUGAUAACAUGGAAAAGCUUAGUAAGGCUUCACUAGUCUGCAUGCUUAAAAGCAAAGAUCACAGGAGGGAGCCAGCAGCCAAACUCAUCCAGAGGCGAUGGAGGAUGCACCAAAACAAGAAACAAGAAAUUGCCCUGGAUGAGACGAUCGUUGUGCUUCAGGCAGCUUUCAGAGGACAUUUAGCUCGGCUGAAACUGUUACUGAGUAACAGGAUGCGUGAUACAAAAUCUCAAAACAUGCAUAACCUUGGAAACAAGGACCCCUGCGUGUCUCCCGGGUCAAACUCUUUGAGAUUGUCUUCAAACUGCAAGGAAGAGGAGGAGACGGUGACAUUCAUCCAGUCUGUUUUCAGGGCUCAUUUAGCACGUAACGGACUGCCUGAGGAGAGACCCUGUGCCUCCGACGCAGCAAGUGAGGAGGCAGAUUCUGCUGUUAAGCUUGGGGAGAAGGGCUCACCAGCAGUCAGGAGACAUUCUUCAGUCUUCACAUCGCCUCUUCCUGAUUAUGAAGGCAAUAAAUCGGUGAGUGAAGAAUUUUUGGAGGAAUUUAUUCCAGAAGAGACAGAGGAGGGGCCACAAGAACCCAACCGUUCUUCCUUGAAGGCUUCUUCGGUUAUUUCAGCCAGGUCCUCUCCGAAGCAGCCACCGCUCACGCUCCCUCCGUCUGUGGAUGAAGCUCACUCGGAUGAUUCAGAUGAUGUUGUUGUCGUCUCUCCACUGCUACGGGUGAAGAAAAACUAUACCCACUUUUAAGUUUUGGUAAUGGGCUCUCAUGAUUUUGAAUUAUCUGAUUCGCAAACAAAAAUAUUUCUGCUACAAAGCAUAUCAAGCAUGGAAAACGUGGGGGUAUUAGUUUCUGGUUGUCAUAAUUUCAGCCCUAAAAACAUCAUUCUGAUUGAUGUGGCAUCUCAGCAGCCUGUAUAGCUAAACCCCACGGACUGACUGCUCCUUAUGGUAAGCAGAGGGAGUUAAAAUUUAAAAACAAACAAAAAAAGUAAUAUUUUGCCUUACAACGAGGAUUAUAAAAUCAAUUGCCAACCUUAAAUGAAAACAAUAAAGCCUUAAGCUUUUUCAUGUCAAACAAAGUAAUUUUGUUUGAGACCAACUAAAAUACUUCAUUUAAUUGGUAAAUAAAAGUAACUUGUUUCAAUUUUUAGAUCAUAUAUGUGAAGGGGAUUAGCUUAUAUUUGCUAAAAAGUCCCCUGAUUUUAUUAUACCAUAUAUUAACAAAUAUUUUUGGUGUUUUAUACUAAAUAUAUGCAGUUCAUGCAGACUUUGUUAAGGCUUUUAGAAAGCCUCUAUUGUAGGGCUAUUCUAGGCCUACUGUAUCUAUAGGAUUUUCUUUAUUUAUUGCUUUUUCCUAGUGUGUUUGCUAUAAUUUUUAUACUACUAUUUUGUAGUUGAAAUACCUGAUCAUGUAACCAGCUUUUCUAUAUUUGUCAGCAAAGGUACGUAAUGGCAGGAGUGCUCUGUGAAGGAUGGCCUUGUGACUGCUUUUUCUGCUUCCAUAUCCAAGUGGAUUAAGCAGGGUCAUCUCUAAUACAUGAGAACAUUUGACAUAGGAGAUACGUUACUGUAUGCUCCUCUUUAGUGCCCUGCAAGUCUUAUGCAGCGUGAUCGCUCACACGUUGAGCACUGAGGGGGGGUUGAUUUUGCUCUGCUAUAGUUUAUCCCUCUGUCAGUGCUGCCCUUGUGCGUGUGCCGCUCUGGUGUCCUGCAAGUGCAGGGAAAGACCAGCCCCAGGACAGGAGAGGCUUCACAGGGCCCAGCCUUCUUCUCUCACUAGAUAAAGGUAUGAAUCAUAGAAUCGUAGCAUGAUUAUGGUUGGAAAAGACCUUCAAGAUGAUGGAGUCCAGCCAUAAACCCUUCAGCCCAUACCUGCUGAGCCACGUCCCUAGCCAUGAGGUGUCUGCUGGAAAGCACUGGCACUGCUGCUGCGUCCAGAGGGAUGUGAACUGGGAUGAGCACAGAACACUAAACACAGUCCACACGGUUUCAUGGUUUGGGAACAGAAUGGGGUGAGUUGUCUUAUAAUAGACCUUGCAGCUGCCUCCAGAAGGAACAGUAAUUGACAGUGUUAUUGGCAGACUCCAUGUUAAAAACAAAGAAAGAGUGCUGGAGAACAUAAUCAGAAUAGUCUCUCCAGAUCUAAUGUGUGCUGCAGGUACCUCUUCUUGCCUGGAAAUAGGACCUUGCAGCCCAAACUGUCAUGUCAACAUCCUUCCUAAGCACUGAUUUUUUUUAAAAAAGGUGAACUAGAUGAAUUAGGUGAUACUUGCUGGAAAGAAAAUUUAAUUUCACAAACAUACAUUGAAAGUUGAUGGACACUCUUAUGGUUUCUUUGUCAUCGAGGAGUACUAAAAAGUUUCUUGUAAACAGAAAGCACAAUUUUAAAUACAAGAUUUUAUCACCUUUUCUACCCUUCUUUUUUUAAAUUAAAAAUCUUUUGCCACUGUCUUGCAGAAUACUAAUAAUUCAGAGCUGUCUCAGUUCUUUGAUUCCAAUGAAGCACUAUCUGAGGCUUAUCACAGUUCAUGCCAGUGCUUGCAGCCAAAGAGGAAACUGGAUGGCUGCAGCACAAUGCAGCUGAUUUCAUUUAAUCCCAUCAGUGGAAACGCUGUCUGUGCUAUUUCCAAGGGUGGUUUUGGGAGCUCUCCAUACCAAAGCACUCUGAAGAAUGUCAUUUACAUUCGCGUUGAGUAGGUUUUUCCUACUGUUACUUCAGUCACGUGACUGUCAUCUGCAAAAGGAUAUAUAUAUAUAUAUAUAUUUAUGUAAAAUAAGAGACAAAAUCCUCUUGGCAGAAGCUGAGAGCCGUUUCCCUCUUUUUCUGAAAGGCACAAGGUAAAAAGGAGUCGCCUUGCUAAAUAGAAGGUGAUAUGUAUAAUAUUUCCAGUCUGUAACUGGCUCUGUCAUGGAUAUCUCCAGAGCAAAACUAAAGCCUAGGGCUUAAAUGUUGAGGGGAGAGUAGGAUGUUUGCCAGGAGCAAGACUAGUACAAAAUACCUACGGAGCUGAUGGCCUGUUUGGAAAUACUUGGAUGGCAGAUAAAAUGAAGACUAUAUUCUUUCACCUCACUGUGCUGUAGUAAAGAACUAUUGUGACGGUAUCAAGAAGCAGAAAUAUGUUUACUGAGCAUAUUGCUAGCAGGAAUGCUAUCAACAGGUAGGUUCUAGCAUAGGGAGGGAGGAGCAUCUUGGUAGGACCCAAAGACGGAAAAAUCAGGGUGAAAAGGAUCAAAUGUCUGGUGGAAUGAACUAAAAUCUGCCUGGAACUUCCCAAGUUCAAGUCUGCCACCAGUCACUAGAAAUCUGAUAUCUGUUGGAGUAGUCUGCAGGCUUGUAGUAUUAGAGUUGAAGCUAACCAUAUGAUCACUACAUAUCAAAAGUUUGGUGUGAUAGAAUAUUAGGAGUCUAGAAUGUUUUUUCUUCAUAAGCUGUAAUGGAAUAUGUUGAAAGGAAUACUGGUUGGCCUUGUAGACUUCUUUCUGUGCUUGUGUAUCUGAACACAUGCCUGUAAAUCUGGGAAAAGAUGUGAAACAAUGAAGGAAGAACAAUACAAUUUUAGAGUAAAUGGCACCUUGCCUUCCCUCAGCUCAACAGGGAGCAAGGACAGUAGAAAUCUGUGUGGCUCAGACCUGUCAAGAUAGGCCCUAUACAAAUACAUCCAGUUUCUGAGAAACAGGUCUUCUGUAGAAAGCACUGAUAACCUUGUGGGGGCGUCAAGGUCUGGAAUUAAAAUUAAGCUCCAUUGUAACGUACCUAAUCUAACAGCAUUCUUCCCAUUCUGCUGGUAUGCAAGUUCUGCCUGGGAUAAUGUUGCCUGCUUAAAGCCUUUUGGAAUUCACAGUAGCGUUUAGGUGGUGGUUGCGUGUGAAUAUUGAAAGCUGCCUUUCAUGAAAUGCCAUUCUCAGUGAUCUCUUUUUGUCCUUAAGUGCCUAUGCCUGUAAAUAUUGACACUGGCAUACAAAUCUGAUAAACAUGUUAGUUUUUUACAUGACUCUAAAAAUAAUGCCUACACAAGCAACUUUUAAGGUAGCUGAAAUGUGAAAGCAUUAAUCUUGGCACAUGAGAAAGAGCCAUUAAUUUUUAUGAGCAUUUUAAUAUUUAGAACUGUGCAAAUCUUG